UUGAGGAAGCCCGCUGCUCAGCGCAAGUCAGCGCGGCGCACGGUCCGGACCGGGGAGCGCUCAACAGCCCAGGAGCGUGUGUGAGUGCGUCUGUGUGUGUGAAGGGCAUGCGUGUGUGCGCGCGUGUCCGUGUGCCCACUUUAUCUUCAAGUGUCGCCCACAAACACCACGAAAGGAUUUAGUUCGACAAAGCUUCAGAGGAGACGCAUCUUGUAAGUAACACAACUGCACGGAGAUAACGAGCCUACUGUAGGAGCGCUGCUGCUGCUGCUGCUGCUGCCGGGAGACUCUGUCAGAACAUCUGAAAACCUGACAUCUGAUGCUCCCCACCGCCACCAUGGAAACGGAGGCCAGUCAAAUGCUGGAGGCGGCGCUGGAGCAGAUGGAUGACAUCAUCGCAGGUUCGAAAGCGGCGGCGGUGGAGUUCUCUAACAGCAUGUACGACCUGGGCUCUCCCGUCAGCGCCGGCCCGCUGCAGGUCGUUCAGUUAGCCGAGGACCUCAAGCUUGCCCUGGAGCUCCAGCCCAACCAGGAGGAGAGAGACAGCCUCAGAUCACAGCUACCUUCAGAGACGGCCCAGGCUCUGAUAGACUGGCUACAGGCCGGAGCUGUGAACCUGUGUUCUCCAGCCAACAAUGAAACGUACCAAGAACGACUGCUCCGCCUAGAGGGAGACAAGGAGUCUCUGGUGCUACAGGUGAGCGUUCUGACCGACCAAGUGGAGGCGCAGGGAGAGAAGAUCAGAGACCUGGAAAGCUCUCUGGAGGAACACCGGCUGAAACUGGCCUCCACAGAGGAGAUGCUGCAACAGGAGCUGAUGAGCAGGACCUCUCUGGAGACUCAGAAGCUGGAUCUGAUGGACGAGGUGUCGUACCUCAAGCUGAAGUUGGUCGGCAUGGAGGAGACAAACGGCAGCACGCACGCCCAAGAUCCCGCCGCCACCGAGCAGAACAAAGCCGAGUGUGUGGUAAAUCUCAUCAGUGAGCUCCAGGAGCAGAUGUGCAGGUUUCAGGAGGAGAUCAGCACCCGCAUCCAGGAGAAACGGGCCCUGGAGGAGAGGGAGGCCCAGCAGGGGGAGCCCGGAGGCGGCCAAGCCCAGGGCGACAGCCCUCAGGUGGGGUCAGCCGGCUCAGACGUGAGCCUGUCCGGCUCUGACGCCCGGAUGCACAAUGGAGGACAGACUGUACACGAGUUGCUACAAGAGGUGAAGCAGCUGAGGAGCAGAGUGGAGGAGCUGGAGGGAGAGAAGGGCCAGUAUGAGAGGAAACUAAGAGGCACCAAGGCAGAGAUCUCUGAGCUGCAGCAGCUCCUGGCCUCCAAAGACGCUGAGAUCGAAUGCCUGCAGACCCAGCUGCUGGCCAGAGGCGGCACGGCCAAUGACAACGCAGAGAGAGACCAGGAAUACCAGCGGUUGAAGUCGGGGAUGGAGUCUUUGUUAGCGUCGAAUGACGAGAAGGAUCGACGUAUAGAAGAGCUGACCAUUCUGCUGGGCCAGUACAGAAAGAUGAGGGAUGUCAUGGCUGUGUGAUAUGUGUUUCUACCAUCAGGGAGCAGUGAGGAGGAGCUGAGUGGCAGUUUAAGACUCAGAGCCAUCACACACAAAGCACACUCUGACUUCCUCAGGUCAGAGUUGUCCUCAAGAGGGUCUUCUCCGCUCAUGUUAUCCUCAUCUCCUUACCAGAGGGAACUGGAUUCUAGCAUCCAGAACUCUAUGGACACAUCACUGAUGUUCACCGGGGACACUAGCUUCUUCAAUGGGUCGUGGCAUCAGCGCCGGUUGCUGUCCAGCAGUCUUGAGGAGUUGCAGAGUGGAUCCUUACAAAAGGCUGUAGUGAUCCAGCCAGUUGAAACUGAAUCAGACGUAGGGGCAGAGAAUCCAGCCAUGGAGCUGAGCAAGUACCAGACUCUGCCGGGGAAACGGAGUAAAAAAAGCGAGCUGAACGGCAACAGAGAGGUAGACGGAGAGUAUUUAUCUCCUGUCCAGCUCUCUCCUGUCAUCAGCCACGACCAGGACUACACUCUCAGGCAUUCAGAGAAGGUAGAGGAGAGCGUCCUGUCAGACCAGUCCCCUCUGUCCUCUGGAGUGGACUCUGGACAGCAGUCCCCCGUCUCACCGGAGAACAGGAAGACUCACAGAGGCAUUAAGAAGCUCUGGGGGAAGAUCCGUCGCAGCCAGUCAGGUAGUCCUGCCCAGGGUCACACCACCGACCUGGGGGAGUUCAAGAGGGGAGGCUUUAGAGCUACAGCUGGACCGAGACUGGCUCGUUCAGGAAACACACGAGACUUGAAGGUGCCUUUUUCCAAGUGGAGCACAGAGCAGGUGUGUGACUGGCUCGAGGAAAUUGGAUUGGGUCAGUACGGCAUCCUCGCUCGCCACUGGGUCACCAGCGGUCAGACUCUGCUGUCAGCCAGCCCACAAGACCUAGAGAGGGAGCUGGCCGUGAAGAACACGCUCCACAGGAAGAAGCUGCAGUUAGCCAUCAAGACGUUCAGCAGCAAGCAGCCUGAGAAGUCUGCAGCGCUCGAUUACAUCUGGGUCACUCGUUGGCUCGAUGACAUCGGCCUCCCUCAGUACAAAGACCAGUUUAAUGAUGGAAGAGUGGACGGGCAGAUGCUGCAGUACCUCACUGUGAACGACUUGUUAUUUCUCAAAGUGACCAGCCAGCUCCAUCACCUCAGCAUCAAAUGCGCCAUUCAUGUUCUCCACGUCAACAAGUUCCACCCUAACUGCCUCAGACGCAGGCCCGGCAAUGAGAAUGAGUUCACUCCCAGUGAGGUGGUGCAGUGGUCCAACCACAGAGUCAUGGAGUGGCUGAGAUCUGUGGAUCUGGCAGAGUACGCACCAAACCUGAGGGGCAGCGGCGUGCAUGGAGGGCUAGUAAUUCUGGAGCCUCGGUUUAACUCGGAUACACUGGCCAUGCUGCUGAACAUCCCUCCUCAGAAAACACUGCUGAGACGCCACCUCAACACUAACUUCAACAACCUGGUGGGAACACAAGCUCAGCAGGAGAAGAGGGAGUACACCGAGGCACCGGGGUACACCCCACUGAGCAUCACAGCUAAAGUCAAGCCGAAGAAGUUGGGCUUUUCUAACUUAACUCACCUCCGGAGGAGACGGCCGGAUGAAUCUACAGACUACAUCUGUCCAGUGGAGUCGUCUUCGCCUCUGGCAGGACAGUCUGCAGUGAACGGGGUCCAGGUGCGGCCCUACGCCGGCUUCAGAGGCCUGAGCCCCAUCCUGGACCGAGAGUCAGACCGCUCCAGGGACCAGGUGGGGCUCGACGACAGCAGAGCUGACCCAUCUCCGUGACAGCGGUGACAACAACAUGACAUACUGUGUUGUCACGCUUUUCCAUCAGCCAAUCAGCUGUCACUGCUACUACUCUGCUUCCUUUGCUUGCGGCCCAUAAUACCUCAGCCCAUCCCUUUCCCCGCUCCUCUAAACCCCGCCCAUCAGCCCGACCCUGUGCCUUAAGAGUGAAGAGAUUCAGAGACGCCCAGAUAAACCUGCCUGACUGUCAGACAGUCACAGCUGCUUGUCAUGAAGGGUGUACUGACGUGAUGAAUCUACACACUUCAAGUAUUUUGAUUUAAUUUCCUGACAGAUGCCUAACUAACCCGACCUCAGCCUCAAACCUGUGCCAUGAUCUAACUCAAGAGAGUACGCAGCAUCUCUCUGGACUCCACCUCCUGUGACAUCACUUCCUGUAAUCCAUAUAGUAUACAUAUGGACAUCCUUUGUUGUACAGUAUUAAGCCAUUGUUCUAACAUUUAUGCACCACCAUUAGAUGAUUUUUAUAUGUGUGAGUCAGUCAUGACGUCAUUUGUAGCUUUGAUUUUAAAACAGUUUGUCACACGGUUGAGAUGAGCUUGUGCAAUAUUUGCAUAAUAUUAAGGAGGGAUUUUAUUUAAUAUUUAUGUCAUUGCAGAGGAAAUGAUAAAAUAGCAUGUUACCUGAGCUGGUGAUUUUGUACUGUUAUUUUCAUAUUUUCUGUAAUAGUAUUUUUAUAGUAAAGAAAAUCCUGCUCCGCAGAGGAAGCUUAUAUGUGGUCAUGUAAAUGUAAAAAGAUUUAUCAAGUCAUUUAAUAAAUAAAAACAUACGUGUGUAAA